GCAGGUUGCUUGUGUUAUGUGCGGAGAGCUGGAUGGCUGACACAGACCCAGUCACAUGAUGCAGGCUCGUAACCGCUUCCUCCUCCUGGUGGUGGGAGGUGCGGCUGCGCUGGCCAUCCUCAGCCUCAGCGUGCAAUUUUUUAACCUGAUGCCCAGCGCAGCAGGGCUGGAGGGGCGCCAGUACCAGGCAGCAGAGGGAGGAUCGGUUCAGGGGAAGAGCAGGAAGAGGGUGUUUCCGGCUCCAGUCGCUCACACAGAAGAGCCAGAGCCAGUGUCCGAGGCCUACGGAUACUGCAACACUCCCAACCGCUCCGAGCAGGCAUGGGAAGGUCACAGUCUGGCAGACUACAAGCUGCUGUCUGUUCAGGUGAUGAUUCGCCAUGGCGACCGUUACCCGCUCUACUCCAUUCCCAAAACCAAACGCCCGGCCAUCGACUGCACUCUGUCUCCAAACAGACACCCUUCCCACCCGCUGCUGGCCGGGUUCAUCUCUCACAUGGCCAGAGGGGGGCGUGGUCACUGGGACUCUCCUCUGAGCACUGUGCCUCGUCUGCCCAACCACAGCUCCUGUGACAUCGGAGAGCUCACACAGACCGGUGUGGUGCAGCAUCUCCGAAAUGGCCAACUCCUCCACGACGCCUACAAACACCACUCCCUCCUGCCUUCUGAUUGGUCGCCUCGGCAGGUGUGGGUGGAGACUACAGGUAAGAGCCGCACCCUGCAGAGCGCCAUGGCCUUCCUGUACGGCCUCCUCCCGGAUUUCGACUGGACCAAACUCACCGUACGACACCAGUGGAGCACUUUGUUUUGCAGCGGCUCCUGUGACUGUCCCGCGAGGAAUAAAUAUUUAGACGAAGAGCAGAGGAGACAGUAUCGGCUACGAGUCGCUAACGCCGAACUGGAGAGGACUUACGCUGAGAUGGCGAGAACUUUAGGCGUACCAACUCGCCAACUCCGCGCCGCAAACCCCAUAGACUCCUUACUGUGCCAUCUGUGCCACGGUAUUCCCUUUCCAUGUGUCCCACCAAGCGAGGGGGGCAUGGGGGGCUGUCUGACCAUGGCGCAAUUCGCAGUUAUCCGAAAGCAGCAGCUCGUAGACGAAAUAGAUCGGAGAAAAGUUGGACUGUAUAGGAAGUACGCCGUUUUAGCCAUGUACCCGUACUUGAAUCGGACUGCGACUAAAAUGGAGCGUAUUGCAAAAGCGAAUGAGAUGGGACGACAAAUAAGAGCAGGCGGAGAAGAGGUUUUUUCGCUGUCCUCCGCUCAUGAUGUAACCAUGGCUCCCCUGCUCAGCGCUUUGGGAUUGGAGCAGGCUAGAUUUCCGAGAUUCGCAGCCCGAGUGGUUUUCGAACUGUGGAAAAGUCCGGCGGUGACGCUUCCGAAAAAGAAGGGAGCCAAAGGAGGAGAGAAGGCAAAAGACGGUGAGGUUUUUGUCCGCGUCCUUUACAACGGAGAGGACGUGACGUUUCAUACCACGUUUUGUAAAUCGCACAGUCGUCACGGUAACCAGCCACUCUGCCCUCUGAGUAACUUCCUGUCGUUCGUGCGCAGAGACAUGUUCAGUGUAGUGAAUGCGACAUCCUACCAGGAGGCCUGCUACAGACGCUCCGCCUGACCCAGCAGAGGGCGCAGAGCUCAGUAUCUAUGGGUUUAAAUAAUGAACCUAUGGACCUGUUGCUAUAGCGAUUAACAAAAUAUUUUAUGAUUUGAAUGGGAAAAAGUCCAUAAACAAAUUACACUACAAGAUCCUAAAAUGGGGCAAAGUAAAUAACUAUUUUUUAAAGGUGUAACUGUUCUGGUGGAGGGUCUGCUUCCUACUGGGCAUGUUGUCGCAUUGCCAUGUUCCACAGUAUAGCAUCAGAUGUAUCGAUCUUGCAUCAUUUAUAGGUGCAAAGAAAUUUUGUGUAAAAAAUUUAAAACCUCUUACUAUGAGCCGCUUAUGUCCAUAGAGAUAGACACGUUUAAUGCCAUACUUUAGAAUAUUUCAGGUUAAGCAAUAACAGGUGGCAGUAGGUGGCAGACCUUCCAUCAGAAAUGUUACUAAGUGCCCCUUUUUAAUAUGCUAUUUUUUUUUUAUCAAAAAUUGUUGAAGAUGUAAAAUUUAACAUCAUUUUAUAAGUGAUUAUUGACUAUUAUUGAGUCCCCUGCUUGUGUCCAUGGAGAAUUGCCAAGUUUUAUAUGUUAUUAGGUUCUUUUUUCAGACCAAGAGUUUGUUUUUCAUACCUGACAGUUUGGACUGGUCUUCCUACCGGUGGAGGCAAGACAACAGCGCCAGAAGCUGUAUAAAUCAGCUGACCGGACACGUCACAGUAACAUCACGUGACCACUCUGAGGAAGAGCGCUAGUGAGCAGUCCAAACUGUCAGGUAUGAAAACAAACUCUUGGUCUGUAAAAAGAACCUAAUAGCAUAAAAUAUCAGAAGACCAAAUGAAUCUCAUUGGACAACUGCCAAGUUUUAUGCUGUACUGUGGAACACACCAGGCAAACAACAACAUGUCCAUGAAGAAUAUAAGGAAUUCCCCUCCAGCUAAAAAUACACAAUGCCCCUUUAAUUGAGACCUACCAUUCCAGAAUAUAAAAAAUAAUGGAUAUUUUUAGCUGUAAGCUGUAUUCAACAUGACCAUUUAUAUUCCUGUCAACACAACAACUCUGUACCAUGCAUACCAUAGUCUUCAAUUUCACAUUCCAGCUAAAAUCUACAAUAGACACUUAGUAAAAUGUAGAUGUCUCACCUUAUCAACAUGGCACAAAACUGAUCAUCUCACCUUUCUGCACAAAUGAACAAGGAAUAAUGGAUUUUGUUGAUAGCAAACAUUUUAUUAGUUAUUAGUAGAUGCAAUAUGAAACCACAAAUGUCCACAUGACUUUAUGGACCAAAUCUCCAACACAACUCUCUCUGUAUGCUGUAUGUGUGGAUAUUCAGUUUGGUCAUUUCAUUUCACACCUGCCCUUUAUUUUUGGACCUACCAGAAAUAAGAAUUGACAGGGCAGAGCAGCACAAGUAGCACAAGUCAUGUUAAGAUGCACUUUUUACAGAUUUUACAAAUCAUAACCAUUUCAAUACAUUGAGUUCAAUCGUUUUGACUCUUUUUCUUUACAUAAUGACAUUAUUUUAAUCUUAAAUGUUAAUAAUAUAGACUUUUAAUUUGUAUAUAAUUGUUGAAGGAAAGUUGAAUAGCACUUGACCACUUUAUUCUCAUAUUCCCUUUUUUGUGGAACACUUUUAUAACUGAAAAAAGGGAUUUUUUAUGCUUGAAAAACUUCCAGACCAUUCCUGUACAUUUUAUUAACUUUCUUUACAAAAGGGAAUUUGUUUCAUCAUGUUUGAAUUAUUUUCAUAAUAAUAAUAAUAAUAAUUGACUAUAACUGAGGGCAGAGGCAGGUUGUUUCUUGUUGGCCUGUUCUCUUCUGUGGGCAGAGCACAUAAUUAAAGAAUCUUGGGCCGCAGCUCAUUUCGCUUUCCUCGCUUCCUUCUACUUGGUUCCUCUCCUUGGUUCCUCUCCUUGAUCCUCCAUUUUUCAGCUGUCACUCAAAUGUGUCAUAUUAAGUGGUGUCCCCAAGAAAACCAUGAAAGUAAACAUGAGGGACGCUUCAGGAGGCAGACAUCAGCCAAAAUAAUUAAACUUAAUUGGUCUCUGUGAGGAGUUUAUAUCCUCUCUCCUCCCUGUGUCUCCUCUGUGGGUGGAACUUCCUUACCCAUUUCCUGCAGAAUCGAAGAGAGGAAUCGAGGAGAGGAAUCAAGGAGAAGGAAGCGAGGAAAGAGAAAUAAGAGGCACUGAAAAAACAUGAGGUUUUGAUUUGGUUAAUUUUGACCAGAUUGGUUUCCCUCAGCAUUUCCUGUUUGUCAGUGUUAUAUCAACUCACUUAGUAUCGCUUGCUUAUGUCUUCUUGAAUAUUGGAAUUCAACAGCAUUUAAAAUCCAUGAUCUGAUGAAACAAAUUGCCAUUUCCAUACAAAAUUACCUCUGAAUCAGAUGCAUGUUUCAAGAUACAAAUGUUUAUGGUACAAUGAACUGACAAGAAACAAUUUUUGUAUUUAACUUCCUAAUUUCAUUCCAAGCAUUUUACCAGUGCAUUGUGUUGUAUGUAUAUGAUCUGAUAAGGUUUGCUCUUGAAUGGGCUCCUCAUCGAAAA